CAGACGCGGCUACCCUGUUGUGGUAGCAGCACAGCGGCAAUCAAACAACAAACUUUACACUUCAAACACAUAACAGCAGCAUCGACAACACAGCAGCGACACCAACACCUCAAAUGUAAAUUCCCCAAUCCCUCCCUUCCCUUCCCAUCCCAUCCAUUCGACCGACCGAGACAUUGGCAAUCACCCAACGCCACAUACGCAGCCCAGCACAGCCACGACCAGUCAUGUGUAAUAAUAAUCAGCUCCCAGCCAGCGACGACCAUACAUUGUAGUAGUGGUUGUCGUUGUUGCCUGUUGUCCCUUUGUUGCACUGUUAAC